CGUCAGCUGAUCUGUCAUUCAUUCAGUUUAUAUUUAUGUUUGUUGGCUUUAUGGCUUACUUUCCUGUAACAAUUUGUGAUGAUGUGUUUCGGUGGAUUCCCGGGCAGGUUGGAGAGUGUAUUGGAUAGAUCCUGGGAGAUCCAACCUGUAACCUGGAGCCAGCUGACCUGGUGGGAUCCUGUACCUUGCGGUCAGUCUCUCCUUCUCCAGAUCUACAGGGAGGAUUUAUCUAUUUAUCCUUCUCCUGCUCUCAGUAUGCUCAACAAUCCACCUACUCCACAUAGGAAAAGGAAAAUGAAUCCCGUUCAUCUUAGUUUUAAAUCUUCUUCUCCUGCUGGUCAAAGAUCCAGCUCUCCCUCCGCCCCUCGCCGUUCCUCCUCUCCCUCCGCCCAAGGUCGCUCUGCCUCCCCUUCCUACACUCGCCGUUCCGCCUCCCCGACCCAUUUUCCUAAUUCAAGCUCCCCAUCUCCUAUACCUCUGAGGAGAAACUCAUCUUUCAGUAAUUGUUCUCCUCUCGCCUGGCCUCUACCCCCCUCCCCUGAAUCUUAUGCUUCAGUUUUCCUUCCUGACUCCCCUUACUCCCAUCCUUCACUCUCUACUCCCUCCCUUCCUGCACGAUCCUUUACAAUGAGUGAAUCUAUGCUGCGUCGCGCCUCUCUCCUCCCUACACCUCCGGAUAGUGAGGAAAGAAUGAAGAAGGGACAGAGAUCACAUUCCUAUAAAGUUUUUAACUUUCCCAUUCCACCUCCUACUCUUUCUCCAGGACUACUACCAAUGCCUCCACCUUUGCUUUCUCGACCCCCUCCAGUUUUCAGAUAAUUAUCAUCUACUAAAACGUUUCG